AUGUACUGGCCCGUUGGCACACCUCGAGUUUAUGCCACCAGCAGCACCCAGACUGCCAGUUUCAACCUCGUCGUCUCCCAUGAUGGCCUCCCGCCUCCUCCAGCUCCUUCUGAGGAAGUCACAGACAAGGCUGACAAGGCUUCCCUCCUGACCUCCGACUCCGCAUCCGCCUCGAGCUAUGACAUUGUCCCACCCACUCCCGUCACCCCAAUAACGCCCCAGACGCCCGGAAUCAACUCGGUAGAGCACGACCUGCUCGACUCUGCCUCAGAAGCCUCCACCAGCAAUGAGCCAGCUCCUGUUCCCGCAGCUAUACCGCUCAAGGAACCGAUUCUGGCAUUGCGUGUUGCGCGCCCGGGUCAUUUGUUCGCCGUCAUCACCGCGACCUCCAUGACCAUAUGGCAGGCCAAGCCCACCGUAAUACUUGCUGUCGUUGUGCGGUCCGAGGCUUCCCUCGAUUCCUACGGCACCAACCUCGACCUCCUGCUCAGGCCCGACUCCGCCAUAUUCGUCGUGCGAACCAGCCGGGGUUUCCUCAUUACGUAUUCGCUGGCCACCGAUUCCGAGUCGCGAGUCUAUAAACCCUACUUUACGAGUCAUACCAAUGUUCAGCGACGGCGGCAAAGCCACUGGGGUGGCCCGGGGCACACUGCUCCCGACCAGAUCCUCUGGGGGGCUGGGGAGGGCCAGGGCGUGCGCGACAUCAGUGUGCGAUUCCGUAUGGUCAUCAAGGUGGACGCCGGCAUAGUGAGCGCCCUCGCGCUCGACGACGAAGUGGUCGUGGCCACGCAGAAGCCAGCCGCGGUACAAUGCAUACGCUGGAGUCCAGACAGCUCAGGCAGCCAGACGAGCACCGAGCUUUUGAGCAAAAUGGCCUGGCUCGGGAAGAAAGUGACCGUGACCGAAAUGACGAAUGACAGGUCGAUGAACCUGUCUACUUGGAUCACAAGCGAUGGUAAGGCGUACGCUGUCCAGCGGACGCCCAAGGGUCAGCCCAACCCGGAGACUGGCGAGAUGGACCUGAAAAGGCUGUUCAAAGGGCAUUGUUUUCACACUCCACAGGGGAAGCACGACCGUGGGACACAUGCCGUCAUAAACGCUCGGUUCUCGCUUAUAGCGCUCGGGUGCGAAGACGGCGCCAUCCGAGUUUAUACAGUCAGGGAUUACUCUGGCAACGUCCCUUCGUCCCACAUCCACAGGCUGUCUGUAUCGGAAUCUCAUUCAGGCCCAUUGACUACGUUGAGCUAUUCUCCCGACGGGUAUUGUCUGUUUGCAGGCUACGAGAAGGGGUGGGCGACGUGGAGUGUGUACGGGAAGCCCCUAAGCAGCAGCUUUGGGGUCGAUCAGCAUCUCGUGUCCAGGCAUGACGAGCAAUGGAUCUCAGGCAUCAAGGACGCGUCGUGGCUCGGAGGCGGCUCAGAGAUCCUCCUGGUUGGACUGCAACACGAGGCUCUCUGGCUGCUGGAGAUGGCAAGAAGCGCCGUCACUGGUUGCUAUAGCUCCUCAAACAUUUUCCGGACCGUCCUACAGAGCACGUCAAGCGUCAUGAUCUACAGGGGAUACGAUCUCCCAGACAUGAGCACCAUCUCGGCAGAGCCUUUCCUUUGGCAUACAGCCAGGAUACCAGCGAACUAUCUAUUGAAUCAGUGGCCAAUACGGUGUACUGUCAUCUCUUCAGAUGGGCGCUAUUUGGCUGUUGCUGGCCGUCGUGGCCUCGCUCACUACAGCGUGAACAGCGGGCGGUGGAAGACGUUCUCCAACACGGAUAUGGAGAACGAAUUCCAAGUCAGAGGCGGCAUGUGCUGGUACCAAAACGUCCUGGUGGCUGCUGUAGAGGUCCAAAAGUCCUACGAGUUACGGCUUUUCUCGCGAGAGAAGGAUCUGGACAAUGCGUCUGUCGUCUACGUCCAUUCCAUGCCCGCACCGGUCGUCCUCCUCACGCCUUCGGGUGAAGACUCACUUCUGGUCUACACCUACGACAACCUCCUUUACCAUUUCAUAUUCGCCCCAUUCGGAAGCUCUGUUCGGCUUGUGCAAGUCGGCCAGAUUGCCUUUCACGGCAUUGUCAGGUCUCCCGCCAGGGUACGGGGCCUGAGCUGGGUAUUACCAGAAAACCAACUCGUCGAAGGCGACCCUUCGCAGGAUGUUGCCGUCGCAUCAGUGCUAUUUCUAGUGGACGGCAAGCUUGUGUUGCUGCGACCUUCAUUAAAUGAGGAAGGUCAACUCAAGUACGAUAUGCGAGUCAUCGCGCAGAACGUCGAGUACUAUGUCUCCAUGAAAGACCAGCCAUUUCUAAGUCCGAUCGGCCCCCCUCGCACGAAUAUCCCCGCAGAGGCUGAGAACGAGGAUCUGUUCAAUUCCUUAUGGAUGUUCGACGGUGGAGAUCUGAAGGCCUGGUCAGAUAUGCAAAAGGUAUUGAAUGCAAUCUCAGGCGACAACCACCGCGAGCUUCCUCCCGCUGUUGCCAUAAACAUCGACUUCUAUCCACUUUCCGUUCUGCUCGAGAAAGCUAUCAUCCUCGGUGUUGAGCCAGACCUUGUUCAGAGGAGGGAUAUCAACUUUUCGUUCUUCCGCUUCUCAAUACGGACCAAUCUCUUCCUGCCUGAAAUCCUACGAUACCACCUCAUCGCCGGAAAGUCAUUAGCAGCCCUUUACCUCGCCCAACAGUACCAACAUCUGGAGUAUUUCGCGCACGCGCUCGAGGUCCUCCUUCACCAUGUCCUCGAUGAGGAAGUGGACAUGUCACCCUCGCCCCCUCCCGAGAGCGCGAUCCUCCCUCGCGUCCUAUCGCUGCUCUCGUCUUUCAAAGAAUAUCUGGACAUCGUAGUGCAAUGCACCCGCAAGACCGAAGUACGCUCCUGGCGUACCCUAUUCGCAUAUUUACCCCCACCGCAAGAGCUCUUUGAAGAGAGCCUUCAGCGCGGAAGCUUGAAGACUGCCGGCGGUUACCUGCUUAUCCUGCACACAUUUGAUGAGCUGUCGUCUGCGUCGGAACAGAGCGUCAGGCUGCUGAGCAGGGCGAUGAGGGAGGAGGACUGGGAGCUGUGCAAGGAACUGGCGAGGUUCUUGGCCGCGCUGGACGAGACGGGUGACACGCUCCGCGAGGCGCUGGAGAUGGCCAAUGUCAGAAUCGCGACCGGGAACAGAGAGGGGGAGGAGGGCAUCGGCGGGUCGCUUGUCGCGCGGCUGGAGGUCCCACAGAGGAAGAUGCUCAACGGGUCGGGCUCGGGAUCCGGGGAGUCGAGUAAGACCGGUAGCACUGGCAGUGGGAAUGGUGGGAGCCCUGGCGGGGAGCUGUCAGAUGCGAGUGCGAGCGUUAGCGGGGAGAGUGAUGCCGGGACGGCGAGAUGA